AUGGACGAGACCAGAUUAUCACCCGACCCAACGGUCGAGAAACUUUCUUCUCCUCCAGAUAGCGACCUCGACUACAGUGAUUCCCACGAAGACAUGGAUCGCCACAGCUCUCACGCCUCUGCGCACGCUUCUAAGCAGCACCAGGACCUGGAAUUAGCGAAAACCAAGUCUAUUGCAGAGACCAUGUCUCCAAUGCGCGAGAUUCUCUUCGUCGGCCUGCUUUGUUCUGCUCAAUUCGUCACUCAAGCAGGUCUCCUCGGUACCUUGAAUAUCCUGCACAUCAUCGGACCUGAUCUUGGCAUCACCGACCCUGGCAUCUUGUCCUGGCUGAUAGCAGGCUAUUCACUAACGGUUGGCACUUUCAUCCUUUUGUCCGGUCGAUGUGGAGAUCUGUUCGGAUACAAGAACAUGCUGAUCGUGGGCUUUGUUUGGUUCGCUAUCUGGAACAUAGUGGCUGGAUGCAGUGUGUACGUUGACGGGAAUGGCGGCCAAGUGCUGUUCAUCUUCUCACGUGUGUUGGGUGGCAUCGGGCCAGCAAUAUUGCUGCCUAAUGCACUCGGCCUCUUAGGCGCAACAUACAAUGAGGGAAGGAGGAAGGAUAUGGUUUUCUCGCUGUUUGGAGCAUGCGCACCCGGUGGUGCUGUAGUCGGCGGGACAUUCGCUGGGUUAUGGUCGCUUUUGUGGUGGCCGUGGACCUUUUGGACGUUUGGCAUUGCGCUCUUCUGCCUUGCCUCUUUGUCAAUCUUCAUUCUUCCCUCGGUGCCUCUUGAUGCGGAUGUUCGCAGUCUCUCCCAUAGAGAGCGAAUUCGCGAGCUUGACCUCCUCGGCGCAAGCGUGGGUAUCACCGCCAUGAUAUUAUUCAACUUUGCCUGGAACCAAGCACCAGGCUUUGGAUGGGAGCACCCGUACAUCUACGUGUUGCUAAUAAUCGGCAUUCUUUUGUUUCCGGUCUUCUUUUGGAUAGAGAUCAAAGUUGCCAAGAAGCCCCUCAUCCCGUUCGACGUUCUUAGCACGGAUGUCUCAUUCGUGUUGACCUGCAUAGCAUGCGGCUGGGCUGCAUUCGGUAUCUGGGUCUAUUACUUCAUCCAAUUUCUCCAACAGCUGCGAGGCGACUCUCCUCUCCUGACGAUGGCUCAUCUCUGUCCUGUCGCAAUUUCAGGCUUCAUCGCCGCCGUUACCACCGGCCAUGUCAUCUCACGUAUCGGUCCAGGAUGGGUUAUGCUCAUCAGUAUGCUUGCUUUCUUGACAGGUAGUAUCCUCGUCGCUACACUGCCAAUCGGCCAAGUGUAUUGGGCGCAGACAUUCGUCACCACGCUUAUCAUUCCAUGGGGCAUGGACAUGAGCUUUCCUGCUGGCACACUGAUUAUGAGUAACGCUGUUGCUAAGAAACACCAAGGUAUGGCGGCGAGCUUAGUCAACACCAUCGUGAACUACAGUAUCAGUAUCGGGGUUGGCAUUGCGGGCACAGUGGAGGUGCAUGUCAACAAUGGCGGAGCGACGGUCUCAGACAAACUGAGCGGCUAUCGAGGUGCCAUGUACGUUAGUGUCGGACUGAGCGGCAUGGGUGUGGUGACAAGUUUGUUGUUCCUGCUCAAGAUGCAACUGAGGGAGGGGAAAGCGCGAGCAAGGGACGUGUAA